CCCGAUCGCGGUGUCUGUGCUGGUGCCGGUACCGAUUACCGGGGGCGGCUGGAGCGGGGCAGCGGCAGAGCCCGGGGCAUGGCGGGCCUGGGGGGCCCGGAACCGGACAGCAGUCCCGGCCCCGGCCCCGUCCCGGCCACUCGGGUGGAGCUGACGGUGUCCUGCAGGCAGCUCCUGGACAAGGACACCUUCUCCAAGUCAGACCCACUCUGCGUGCUGUACACCCAGCGCCCCGGCUGCCGGCAGUGGCGGGAGUUCGGCCGCACGGAGGUGAUUGACAACACUCUGAACCCUGACUUCCUGCGCAAGUUCGUCCUGGACUAUUUCUUCGAGGAGAAGCAGAACCUCCGCUUCGACCUGUACGAUGUGGACUCCAAGAGCCCUGACCUCUCCAAGCACGACUUCCUGGGCCAGGCCUUCUGCACCCUGGGGGAGAUCGUGGGCUCAGCUGGCAGCCGCCUGGAGAAGCCUCUGACGAUGGGGACGGCCGCCACACACCCCCGGGGCAGGAGGCCUGCUCCAGCCAUGUCCAACGGGGGCAUCCCGGGGAAGAAGUGCGGCACCAUCAUCCUCCUCGCCGAAGAGCUGGGCAACUGCAGGGACGUGGCCACGCUGCAGUUCUGUGCCAACAAGCUGGACAAGAAGGACUUCUUCGGCAAGUCCGACCCCUUCCUGGUGUUCUACCGCAGCAACGAGGAUGGCACCUUCACCAUCUGCCACAAGACGGAGGUGGUUCGGAACACGCUGAACCCGGUCUGGCAGGCCUUCGCCAUCCCCGUGCGCGCCCUCUGCAACGGCGACUACGACCGAGCCAUCAAGGUGGAGGUGUACGACUGGGAUCGGGACGGAAGCCACGACUUCAUCGGGGAGUUCACCACCAGCUACCGGGAGCUGGCCCGGGGGCAGAGCCAGUUCAACGUCUACGAGGUGGUGAACCCCAGGAAGAAGAUGAAGAAGAAGAAGUAUCUGAACUCGGGGACGGUGACUCUGCUCUCCUUCGCCGUGGAGUCCGACCACACCUUCCUGGACUACAUCAGGGGAGGGACCCAAAUCAACUUCACGGUGGCCAUCGACUUCACCGCCUCCAACGGGAACCCCUCCCAGUCCACCUCCCUGCACUACCUGAGCCCCUACCAGCUGAACGCCUACACCAUGGCCCUGAAGGCCGUGGGGGAGAUCAUCCAGGACUACGACAGCGACAAGAUGUUCCCUGCCCUGGGCUUCGGGGCCAAGAUCCCGCCCGAUGGAAGAGUGUCCCACGAGUUCCCCCUGAACGGGGACGCAGCCAACCCUGCCUGCAGCGGCAUCGAGGGCGUGCUGGAAGCUUACCACCAGAGCCUGCGCAGCGUCCAGCUCUACGGCCCCACCAACUUCGCCCCCGUGGUCAACCACGUCGCCCGCUCGGCGGCGGAGGUGCUGGACGGCUCGCAGUACUUCGUGCUGCUGAUCAUCACCGACGGCGUCAUCUCGGACAUGGCACAGACCAAGGAGGCCAUCGUCAACGCUGCCAGGCUGCCCAUGUCCAUCAUCAUCGUCGGAGUCGGCCAGGCUGAGUUCGACGCCAUGGUGGAGCUGGACGGGGAUGAUAUUCGCAUCUCCUCCCGGGGCAAGGUGGCUGAGAGAGACAUUGUGCAGUUCGUGCCGUUCCGGGACUACGUGGGGGGCGGCAGCAGCCCGGUGCUGAGCAUGGCUCGGCUGGCCAAGGACGUGCUGGCCGAGAUCCCCGAGCAGUUCAUCUCCUACAUGAAGGCUCGGGGCAUCAAACCCCAGCCCGCGCCCGCCAGCCCCGACCCCCCCGGCCCCCCGCUGCCCCCCGAGCCCUGA